AUGCAGACGGCGGCGCUGCCGCAGGGGAAGCACCCGGCCCCGGGAUGGCGACGGAGCCCCAGCCCCGCGCCUGCCACUCCCCUCCGUGCAACCCGGCCGCCUGCCAAAGCAAACGCUUGCUUGGGCGCGACUGCUGCUCUUAGUGUUGCCGUGCUUGUGCCCUCAGCCAACCCCUGCUGCGCCUACCCCUGCCAGCACCAGGGCGUCUGCGUGAGCGUCGGCCUCGACGGCUACGAGUGCGACUGCACGCGCACCGGCUACUCCGGGCCCAACUGCACCACGCCCGAGCUCUGGACCUGGCUUCGCUCGCUGCUCAAGCCCAGCCCGGCCUUCUUCCACUUCAUCCUCACCCACUUCCAGUGGUUCUGGGACAUCAUCAAUGCCACCUUCGUACGGGACAUGCUCAUGCGGCUGGUGCUCACAGGUGAGGAGGAGCUUGGAGGCCUGGGGCACAUGGCGGGCAGGGUGCAGCACCUGGAUGCAAUACUGGGCACUGGGACACACUGCCAGGCACUGGGAUGCAGUAGUGGCAAGUGCCAUGGGCAGUGCCUCAUCCCCAGCCCGCCCACCUUCAACUCUGCCUAUGGCUACAUCAGCUGGGAGGCCUACGCCAACGUCAGCUACUACACGCGGGUGCUGCCGCCCGUGCCCGAUGGCUGCCCCACGCCCAUGGGCACCAAAGGGAGGAAGCAGCUGCCGGAUGCCCAGCUCCUGGCGGAGAGGUUCCUGCUGCGGCGCAAGUUUGAAGCCGACCCCCAGGGCACCAACCUGAUGUUUGCCUUCUUCGCCCAGCAUUUCACCCACCAGUUCUUCAAGACCUCCGGGAAGAUGGGACGCGGCUUCACCAAGGCGCUGGGCCACGGGGUGGACCUUGGGCACCUGUACGGAGACAACUUGCAGCGGCAGCACCAGCUGCGACUCUUCAAGGAUGGGAAGCUCAAAUUCCAGGUGGUGGACGGUGAGAUGUACCCGCCGACGCUCGCCCACGCGCCCGUGCACAUGGUCUACCCGCCCGCCAUGCCCAAGGAGCAGCAGAUGGCCAUGGGCCAGGAGGUGUUUGGGCUGCUGCCAGGGCUCUGCCUCUACGCCACGCUCUGGCUCCGUGAGCACAACCGCGUCUGCGACAUCCUCAAACGGGAGCAUCCCACGUGGGGCGACGAGCAGCUCUUCCAGACCGCCCGCCUCAUCCUCAUCGGGGAGACCAUCAAGAUAGUCAUUGAGGACUACGUUCAGCACCUCAGCGGGUACUUCCUGAGCCUCAAGUUCGACCCCGAGCUGCUCUUCGGGGAGCAGUUCCAGUACCGCAAUCGCAUUGCUGUGGAGUUCAACCAGCUCUACCACUGGCACGGGCUGAUGCCGGACUCCUUCAUCGUCCAGGGGGAGGAGUACAGCUACGAGCAGUUCCUCUACAACACCUCCAUGCUCACGGACUACGGCGUGGAGGCCUUGGUGGAGUCCUUUUCCAGGCAGAUUGCAGGCAGGAUCGGUGGAGGCCAAACCAUCAACGCCAACGUCCUGAAAGUGGCCGUGGGGGUUAUCAAGGAGUCCCGGCAGCUGCGGGAAGAGAAGGCGGCAGAGCUGGAGGAGCUCUAUGGAGACAUUGAUGCCCUGGAGUUUUACGUGGGCUUGCUGCUCGAGAAACCCCUUCCCAAUUCAAUGUUUGGGGAAAGCAUGGUGGAGAUUGGAUCUCCAUUUUCCUUGAAGGGGCUCCUAGGAAACCCCAUCUGCUCCCCCGAGUACUGGAAACCCAGCACAUUUGGUGGAGCAACUGGCUUUGAGAUAGUUAAGACAGCGUCGCUGAAGAAACUCGUGUGCCUCAAUGUGAAGAAGUGCCCAUACGUGUCUUUUCGUGUGCCGGACAUUGUGGAACCAGGAGCAAGCGGGACACAGCAGCGUCGUGGAUCAUCUACCGAGCUCUAG